AUGUUUCCAGCUCAGAAUUCGAUUCAACGAGCUAGUUCUUCUAAACCUCGAUUAUCUACACCAUCCUUUCAAAUCUCUGAAGCUGAAGAUGAUGAAGAUGAGAGUGAUGAAGAUUUACCCGGUUCUUUUCAAUUAAAUCUUUCUGAAAUAGAUAGUUUACCUCCUCCUACCUCUACUGUUGUUAAACCUCCUGUAUUACGUAAAAAAGUUAAGCUUCAACCUGGUUUUAGUCAAUUAGAUUGGGCAAAGUUAAAAUCAAGUGGAAAGAAUUUAAGGGUUAAUGGAAUCUUUUCUAUUCGUAGGAUCAGUAGAGAUGAACUUGCAAAACAUAAUAAAAAAGAUGAUGCAUGGUCAAGUUUUCAUGGAAAAGUUUAUAACAUUACACCUUAUUUGAAUUAUCAUCCCGGAGGUGUGCCUGAAUUAAUGAGAGUAGCAGGUAAAGAUGGAACCGAAUUGUUUAUGAAAACUCAUGCUUGGAUUAAUGCGGAUGGAAUGAUGGAUUGUUGUUUGAUUGGAUUUUUAGUCAAUUGAGGUCUUCGAUGUUCGUUUUGUUUCGUGGGCCUUUUAAAGUCUUUAUUGGUUUCGUUCUGUAGCUCAAUUUACCCUUUAUUGGACCUUUUUCCACUUUAUACAAGCUUGUAACGUCAGAUUAAACAGCAUUCGAUUUUGUUCAUUGUAAAUAAUCACAUUUACAUCUGGAUUGCCAGACAUUCGUUCAUUGCUU